AUGCCGUCAGAAACAGACAGUUACAACCUAGCAAGGUAUCGGGCCCAAAAAGCAGUUGAAACUUCCCAUGUUGAGGACUCGGAUGGAAAUAGUUCACGAAAAAUUAUACCACCAAGAAGAUUUAGAGAAGAAGAACUUCAGCCCACCAAACCUAGAAAGACACCACAGACAAAACAAUUUCUUGAGGACAGUGAAUCAUCCCAAGAUGAGAUUUCCAGUUUGAGAGUAAAGAAAAUAAACAAACGGCCAAGAUCAACAGCAAUUGCAUCUAAGUCUGGGGAGCCUGAUGAAGAUGAGGAGCAACCAGUAAAAAAAAAAGGAUCUAAUGUGACUUUGCCUGCGGCACCUUGGUUUCCAUCUCUUUCAACACCACAACUGCAGCCACAUCAGUCAGUUUCUGCCAACUGGCAGAGUCAAGGAAGUGUGAUUGAUCCACAAUCUCUUCGAGAUGUUCCAUCUCUUUCAACACCACAGCUGCAGCCACAUCAGUCAGUUUCUGCCAACUGGCAGAGUCAAGGAAGUGUGAUUAAUCCACAAUCUAUUCGAGAUGAAAUCUACAAGUUAUUUGAGAAUUUAGAAAGAAGAGUCAUGUUGAAACUGGACCAAAUCCAAAACAACAUUACAUCAGCGGUUGAAACAAUGCAGCAAUCAAUGAGCCAGCCAAGCACCUCUGUCUCUGACCUUACAGAGGUGCUAGAGAAACCAUGUAAGACUGUAGAGGAAUUAGAGGAGUUGUGUGAUAAGCUGAAAGAUGCUGAAUUUCGAAAGAAGAUGAUUCGUUAUCUAAGGUCUUCAGAGUGGAUGCAGCUUGGGAGAUGGAAUUAGGAGGAUGCUGAAAAACAUUGGAGAUAAUUCCUUAUGGGGAUAUUACAGUUACAAAGGGAGAAAGGGAAAACUUAAAUUUCAGCAGCUCCUUAUCAAUGAUGUCAUCAUACGUGCCUGCAGCAAGUCAUACCCACACCAAAAAUCCCAGAGUGUGGAAGAGAUGAUUGCUGUCACCCUAAAACAUGCCCCGGAUCGUGAAAAAACAGUUAAUCAGGUUAGAAUCCAACGGGAAGAGGAGCUACCAUCGGAAUAACGCACAGACACAGCUGCUUUGCUUGACCCACCCACGCCCUGAAAAAAACCCCCACAUUUUUAAUUUGCUAAAGAGUUAUAUGUAAUUUAAAAUUGAACCUGUAUGUUGUUUUUGUAGCAUUGAUCUUUAGAUGUAAUUCUUCUUUAUUUUUGCUUAAUUAUACAUUCAUUUUAUUUUUCUUG